GUGUUUGGCAAUGUAUCAAAUGUGUCUACACUGGAAGAUCCAUUGGCUCUACCGAAUUUGUCAUGUGGUGACAAACGGAAACUGGCCGAUUCUGUUGAAGAAACUUCGAACAAACGUACUAAGGACAUAUCCACGGAAACAUUGGUUACAUGUAAUGUCUCUGAAAUUGAGGAAGAUAAGUCAUCGUUGCAAGAAAUGGAAACAGAUUCGCAGGAGAAAGAGAUAUCAUCUAAAACCGUUGAUCAAAAUCGCGUUCCGAGAAUACAACAAUCGAUUAAACACGACCUUUCCGCGCCGCUGAAAUUGGCUAACUUUCAAAUCAAUUGGAAAAUCCUACCAAGCGAUGUAAUGCACCAACUUCAAGGCCAUGAACCAAGUGCUGGAUAUCGUGGCAUAUCCGAAACCAACUAUAAUCGCCUGGUCGAUCAUGUAACUGCACAACUCCGAACAAUUACCACGAAGAUUCCGUUCAGCAUCUUCAAGAAACACGCACUAAAGAUAACGACGGAAUAUUCAGUUCUUCGAGAUUACAAUGACGAUGGAGACGUAAUCGGUGAUGGAUCCAACAGUUUGGCUGACAAACUAAGAAAUCACAAUUCCUAUUUAAAUAGAACCCGCAGGACCGAAAAACAAACUACUCAUAAUAAGGGUUGUUCCAACCGUCAAUGUAAAGCAGGGAUAAGAGAGGAAUACUACAAAUCUGGAAAAACAUAUUGUAGUAAGGAACACUUGAUGCUAUUAUCUCGGAAUAAUCCCGAAUCUAUGCAGUUGAAUGACGAGGUGCUUACUAGUACUGAAGCCUUCAUCCGAUAUAAAAUUGACAGCUCGAUGACAAUCGAAAAGUUGUGUCAAGAAAUACCUAUGAUUCGGCGGAAUGAGCUAUUGAAUUACCAUUUUUUCAAAGGUACAGGGGUUGAUGCAGAAACCUUCACCACCAACUUCGCAAAGAAAAGGACAAAAUUAAUAAAAGUUGCCAAAGUGUACAAAAAAUCUCUAAAUAUUACGUCCAGUGCGAGUGAUUUAGAGAUUCUUGAAGGAGUGGCCAAACUUUUACACGAAGACUUUUCAUGUCUCAUACACGAGCUGGAGAACACCGAUGAAAAUUUGCAUCUCGAUGAUGUUUUCCCUUCAAUUAUUAUCAGAAAUGACCAGUUUUUCAUUUAUGCCGACCACGAGCUGGUGACUACUGGCGUCAACACCAUCAUCCGAGCAGUUCAACAACUAUUGGUUGUGUACUUUGUGUAUUUUUUUAAAUACCCAAAGCAAAUUUCUAAAACCUUGGAAUUUCUUCAAAUGUACCUUUUGAAAAUUUAUCCGGAGCAUGGUACGCGAUCCAUGGCUACUAUUGUUGGUGGGCAACAACGUAUGGUUGCUUCUUUAAUAUCCAAAAUUACAAAAUUGGAGUGGAAAAACCAAUUGGUCGAAAAUGAACGAUAAACACGUCUGAGCUAGCCUCAAGUCCGAUCCAACGAAAGGAAUUCUGAUGUCCUAUAAAU